GCACCUCUUCUCGCUGUUCUUUUCCAGGAAACCAUCAGAGUCAACGUUAUGAUGUUGAAAACCAGUGGAGAAUUUCACAAAGGGCAGGUUGUUUUUAAUAUCACUUACGUUAAUGGACAGGUGUAUCUAAAUGAUUUCCCUAUGAAGAGCGGGGUUGCCCACAUAACGUGUCAAACAGUAAUAUUGGAGGCUGGAAACUUGGAUAACUUACCGGAUCAGCAGCGCCUGGGAACCGUCAGUGUUCGCAUCAUGGUUCACGAGUGGCCUUUGGCGUCCAGUUCUGAUUUGCAGCUGAUUGUUAUUCAGGAAGAAGUGACGGAAAUUGAUGGAAAACAGGUAAAAAAAAAAAACCCAACAGAAAUAGAUAUUUUAGUCAAGGACCUGAGAGUACUUAGACAUUCAAACUACACUGUCCCUUUGAAAGAGAGCAUGCUGUAUUCCAUCCCAAGGGACAACGACGUGUUAUUUACACUUCCCAACCUCUCAGGAAAAGAUACUCAAGAUCCACUGCAAACAACCAGUCAGUACCUCGUCCGGCAAGUAGAAACUACAGUAGAUGAAGAGACAUUGCCUGGCAAGUUACCAGAGACCCCUCUUAGGAUAGAGCCUCCAUCUUCUUACAAGGUGAUGUGCCAAUGGGUGGAAGACUUGAGAAAAGGGUUGUGCAGAUUCUGGUUUCGAUCUUUACCUAUCUUCUUUAGUUUGAUGGAAGUCAUCGUAGUUGGGGUUGUUGGAGCAGCUCUUAUUCUCAGAGUCUUAAAAGUGAUUUUCCCUUCCUGUGAAAACAAAGGCAUCCUCCUCCUGGAUCAAGUCAGCUUUGUACCUGCGAUUACCGUCAGCUUGCCUUCAGACCUUCUGGACAGGAAAAAUAAUUUAGAUGAGAAAGCAUGUACUUAA